GCGCACAAUUAAGAAGAACUUGUUGGUAGAAUGCAUUUGACAUGGGUCCUAAACCAAUCACCAAAGGAGAAACCUCCUCUAAUAGAAAAGGUCAAGCUCCAGCAGCCGAUAAGAAGAUUGGUUUCGUGUUGUUUGCAUUGGAUGUUUUUAUUUUAAUUGGAGCCAUCUUCCUUUUUGUAAUGAAGCCUGCAUGCUCGCAAAUGGAUGGCAUGUAUGAUUAUGAUUACGCAAAUGACUACAAUCUCUCCGAAUUGAACCAUGACGUCCAGUUUCAUGGCCACGAUACACCGAUUUUCAAUCAAUUUCAAUCAUCGUCGUAUGGAAGUUCCUAUUAUGGCUCCUCGUCAACAUCCGGGUCGAAUUAUGGUUCGACCUAUGAUUCUGGAUCAAAUCCGUAUGGUUCUACAUACGGCACCGGAUCUUCUUCUCAGAAUUAUUAUGACUAUGGAGCAGGGACAUCUUCUUAUGGCUCAACAUAUGACUCAUCCUACGUCUCGUCAUCCUUAGGUUCUUCUUAUGGUUCGGCAUAUGGCUAUGACUCAACAUACGGUUCACCUUAUGGAUCCACAUCUGGAAUUGGAUCAUCGCCGUACGGUUCGCCUUAUGGAUCCACAUCAGGUAUUGGAUCUUCUCCUUACGGUUCGCCUUAUGGAUCCACACCUAGCACUGGAUCAUCGCCGUACGGUUCGCCCUAUGGAUACACAUCUAGCACUGGAUCAUCGCCGUACGGUUCACCCUAUGGAUACACAUCUAGCACUGGGUCAUCGCCGUACGGUUCGCCUUAUGGGUCUACAUAUGGCACUGUACCAUCGCCGUACGGUUCGCCCUAUGGGUCAACAUAUGACACUGGAUCUUCACCGUACGGUUCAUCUUAUGGAUCUACAUAUGGGACUGACUUAUCAUCGUAUGGUUAUCCUUAUGGAUCAACAUCACCUUAUGGUUUGGCAUCACCUUAUGGUUCAACAUCACCUUAUGGAUCUUCGCCGUAUGGAUCCUCUUAUAGUACCGGCUCUUACUAUGGCACAGGAUCUUCGUAUGGUACUGGAUAUGAUUCAAGUUCAAUCUACGGAACUGGGACAUCUGCAUACGGAACUGGAUACGGGUCUCCAUAUGGGACAAGUCCUUCAAAUGUAUACGGGACGGGAUACGGUUAUGGGACGACUCCAGGCAUUGGUCCAAGCCUUGGUGUAUCGACAGGAUCUGGAGGAAUAGGUGGAAGUGACGGCGUUUCUACCGCAGGCGAAGAUUAUGCAUAUGGAGAUAUUAUCAAGCUUAUUCCAGAAGAUAAACUUGCCAAUACAAACUUCGAAUGCGGAGUGUCAGAAGUCAAACCAAACUUAAAAACUGGAAGAAUUGUAGGUGGAUCGGUCGCAGUACAGGACAGCUGGCCGUGGGUAGUUUCUGUAGCACAGUAUACAUCGAGAGGUGGUUCUACACACAAAUGCGGAGGUACGAUUGUUUCACCCAGACACGUCAUAUCGGCUAUACAUUGCUUCGAACCAAAAAUAAAAGCAGAAGAUAAGAUUAAAUUGAAGAAAGAUUAUACAAAAGAAACCAGAUUAUAUAUUGGCAAAUAUGACUUAGAUACGCCAGGAGAAAUGUACAUGGUUGCAAAAAUACGAGCACAUCCCAAAGGAGUUAUGUUCCCAAUAACAAUAUACGACUUGGUGCUUAUAACAACAGCAAAAGAAAUAACAUUUUCACAAAAAGCUCAGCCAGCGUGUCUUCCACCAUUGAAUAAAGAAUUGAGUAGCGACACGUGGUGCUGGGCAUAUGGCUGGGGAGCGACUGAAAAUACAGGUGGCGAUUGCUGUUUGAAACAAGUCAAGCUUCAAGUGGGGAGCGAACAAGAAUGUGUAAAAGAAUGGAGUCCUAUUUCUUCUAUGGACCACAAUUAUAAAAAAGAAGUUAUUGUUUGUGCAGGAAAAGAAAAAGGACAAGAUACAUGUCAGGGUGAUAGUGGAGGACCUUUCACUUGUCAGGAAAAUGGAAAGACAGUGCUAUACGGCGCAACGAGUUAUGGGGGUGCAUGUGGAUCAGGAAAAUUAGCCGCCUAUGCUUCAGUUUCUUUCAACUUAGAAUGGUUUUGCUGUUUUAUGGCUGAUAUUCCGGGCUGUAAAGGCAUUAGCUGCAAUCCCAAGGGACAGUAAAAUUGGACAGUAUGAUGUAGUAUAUAAUAUAUGUUACUUGAAAGAAUAAACUUUUGUUCAUUUUAUUUUA